AUGGCAACUAGCGUUCAGAGCCCCGCUCCCACUCUUAAAGGUGCCGUUGGCCAAUACAAGGAAUUGGCCACGGAACGAUACGAGAGAGCGAAAGAGUUGGAUGCCGACACAAAGUUUGGAGCAGCCUCGUACCCUGAGUGGCUUCCCGUGUGGGAUAACGAGAAGGGCGAGGUCUAUCCUCCUCUCGAGCCGUUCGAUCACGUCGAACACGGUAAAGACGCCGACCCGGCCCUACCAAACCUCCUGAAAGAGGGCACAGUCAUCAACGACAUCACCGCUUCAAUCGGCGCCGAGGUCACAGGUGUACAGCUCUCGCAAUUGGACAACAAGGGCAAAGACGAAUUGGCUCUGCUAGUUGCACAGAAAAAGGUUGUUGCAUUCAGAGAUCAAGAUUUCGCCAAUCUCCCCAUCGAAAAGGCCUUGGAAUUUGGAAGAUACUUCGGUAGACUUCAUAUCCACCCAACAAGUGGCGCACCAAAGGGCGCGGCUGAGAUACAUCUCGUCCAUCGAGCCGCCGAGGAUAAAUCAGCAUUGGAAUUCCUACAAAGCCGUACCAACUCGGUGGCAUGGCAUUCCGAUGUGACAUAUGAACAACAACCGCCGGGCACCACUUUCCUCAUCGCCCUCGAUACGCCAAAAGCAGGAGGUGAUACCCUCUUCGUCAACCAAGUCAAGGCAUAUGAACGACUAUCACCAGCCUUCCAAGAACGCCUUGCAGGAUUAACUGCUGUCCACUCGGGUUACGAACAGGCGACCGCUGCUCGCAACAGAGGGGGCACUGUCCGCAGAAACCCAGUAUCCUCCAUCCAUCCCUUGGUUCGGACCCACCCUGCAACUGGUGAGAAGGCCUUGUAUAUCAACCCACAAUUCACCCGAUACAUCGUCGGCUUCAAGCAGGAGGAAAGCGACUAUCUUUUGAAGUUUCUUUAUGACCAUAUUGCUCUCUCUGCUGAUAUUCAAGCACGCGUGAAGUGGCAGCCGGGGACAGUGGUUGUUUGGGACAACCGCGUGACGGCACAUACGGCUCUGGUUGACUGGGACGAUGGACAGCGACGCCAUAUUGCUCGUAUCACGCCUCAGGCCGAACGACCAUAUGAGACUUGA